AUGAUGGCAGAGGUUGUUUUGACUAAGGAAGGAGUAAUUGCUGGUGGUGACAACACAUUGAACAACUCUGGCACUACAGCAAACAUUCGACAAUUGCAGUUACCCGAGUUCACAGAUCCUGUUAUUAUCGUUGGUGGUGGUUUGGCUGGUCUCUCUGCUACACUUGAGGCAAUACACGAUGGCGCAAAUGUUGUUCUUGUUGAAGGUGAAAAGGAUUUGGGUGGUAACAGCCAAAAGGCAUCAAGCGGAAUAGCAGCUUGUAAUACGGAAGCACAACGUGUUAGGCAAAUACACGACUCAUCAGAACUGUUUUAUUCCGAUACGAUGUCAGCUGGAGAUCGCGAGAAUGAUCACAUAUUAGUUGACCAAUUAGUACGCCAUUCGCCCACUGCCGUACAAUUCCUCAUCGAUCAUGGGGUUAACUUAUCUGACAUAAACCUUUGUGGUGGACAUUCAGUUAAGAGAGUACACUGGAUACCGCAACCGAAGGAAGGCAAACCAGUAGCGGUUGGUGUCAGUAUUAUCAAAGCGCUGAAGGAAAAACUUCGCAUGCAUGAAAAAGACAAUCCAGAAAAAGUAGUAUCUUGUAAAUAUCGUAUUUUGUGCUGGAAUUUAAAAAUAUUUUCGGUGCGCAUAUUAUUGGGGACCGAAGUAGUUGGGCUGGUCACAUGGAACGAUUUUGUGACCGGUGUGCGUAUUAAGAAUGGCAGCCAGAUUGACGAAAUAUCUGGGAAAGCGGUUGUUUUGACCACUGGUGGUUUCAGUUGCGAUCAUUCCAAAGAAGAUUCAUUAUUGCAAGAAUUUGCUCCAGAAAAAGCUGAUUUUCCCACAACUAACGGUCCAUGGGCUACGGGACGAGGAGUUAAAAUGGCUCGUGCUAUGGGCGCAGCUUUAGUAGGCAUGCAUAAUGUCCAGAUCCAUCCUACAGCAUUUGUGGAUCCGAAAGAUCCAGCAGCAGCGACGAAAUUUCUUGCCGCGGAAGCUCUCAGGGGAAAGGGCGCCAUUUUGUUAAACGACAAAGGAGAACGGUUUGUGAAUGAACUGGGGCGUCGCGAUCACGUUACCGAUAAAAUUUUGAAGUUCUGCGCUAAAAACGAGAAGGCUGGCGCUCAUACUGCUUUCAUGGUUAUGGAUGAUCAGGCAGUUGAAGAUUUCGGCCGCGCUUCGUUUGGUUUCUAUGCUAAAAUUAAAGGUUUUUUUAAGCAAUUCGACACUUUGGAAGAAGCAGCGAAUUAUAUGGGAAUACAAUCGUCAAAACUAAAAGAAACCUUGGAUGAAUAUAACGAAUAUACUAAGUUAUCUUUGUCUAAGGAAGAUAAAUUUGGAAAGAAGGUUUUUCCGGUUGCUUUGAAACAUCCGCCGUAUUAUGUCGCCGUUAUCACUCCAGCUAUUCAUUACACAAUGGGAGGAAUAAAAAUUGAUAAAGAUGCAGCUGUAUACAAUGAAUUUUCGGGAAAACCAUUCAAAGGGUUGUUGGCUGCGGGAGAAGUUACAGGAGGUGUACAUGGACGUAAUAGAUUAGCUGGAAAUUCAUUGCUUGAAUGCGUUGUUUAUGGACGCAUAGCUGGACGCAAUGCAGCUAACAUACGUUAUUCAGCUUCUGACGCAACACUAACACGUACUGAUUUAUAA